CUGAAGUUGAAUCUUUUCUCUUUGGAUCCUUCUUUGUCUCGUUAUUGUGAUCUUUGUAAUGGGUUGGAAAUCCAAAUAAGAAUUUUAAGAAAGAGAAGAAGAAAUAGACUGACGGAGAGCUUUGUUUACAGUUAUCAUUGUAGUGUAACAGGUUAUUAUUUCCAAAACAAUCUUUUGUGGAGGACGUUAACAAAAUUAUGUCACGAAAAAAACACAAUGUAUCUUAUAUCAAACCGAACGAACCAAAAUUUUUACGAGAACUGAAGGAACAAAUCGGAUAUAAAGAAGGUCCUACUGUUGAUACAAAAAGAGAAGUUCUACCAAAAAUAUUCGAUGAUGAAAGGGAAGAGUUGGCCGAUGAGCAACCUGUUGUUGUUGUGUUAAAUUCUGGUGAUUUGACGGCAGAAGAAGCAGAUGCUUUUAAAAAACAGAAAGAAAAAGAAGAAAAUAAUGCCCCAGCUGAUCUAUCUAAGAAGAUCAUAUUUCGCAAGACUAAAGCAGCAGAAACAGAUUCUAAUACAACUGCCAUAGAUAAACCUGUGAAAAAGAAAGCGAAAAGAGAAAAACAAAAAAUUGUCCUGUCCUUUGAUAAUGACAAUGAUGAGGAACGAUGAUGAAUGACAUUGAAUGUGAAUUCUUAAUAUUUGAUGAAUGUACAUAUUACGUCUUACAAUAUAUAUAAAUAAUAUUGUUUGUAAAUACUUUGUGUAUAUUAUAAUUGAAAUUAUAUGACAAAUUUACAGGAA